AUGCCCAUAAAGCCGCAAAGCCAAUCGCAACGGCAAGCAAAUGGCUCAAGUGGAUCAUUUGAUAUAUUCCCAGACAGCGAUUCGGCAUCAGAAAGUGAAUGUCAACAGCACAGGUCUGCUGGAAAGCAACGAAAGCAAAGAACACUAGGACUCGCACGUGUGAACUCGUUACUCCUACCCGCAAAGCGGAGACCACGUCCAGCCAUCCGAAGGGAGACCGAAGAUUAUGAUAAGGAGAAUGAUGUGCCAGAAUAUGCCACAGACGGAUACCGAACUCCUGAUUUAACACCAACAAGGCCGAACGCCUCACAGCCUCCAACAAGAAGUAGGAUGGAUCAUAUUGCCGUGACACAGCCAGUGAUUGACCACCAAGAAGAAGAAGAGGAAUCAGAAAUCAGGUUUGAAGAAGAAGAUAGCUCUGACUCACUAGAUGGGUUCAUUGUCAGCGACAAUGAGGAGCUUAGCUCUUUUGAGACAUCAGAUUCUGAGACACUUGACACAGAAGAUGAACCUAGCCCGGCUCCGUCACCGGUUAGGUCGCCAAGAAAAAGACUUGUGCGUGGAAGAAGGCCAAUACCAGAGGCGGAAUCAAACACUACUGCAGAUGAGGAGCGAUCAAUGGAAGUGACGAAAUUGGCGACAGAGCUGAACCGACCAAUUGAGAAAUCAAAAAUGGCGGUCAUCCCAGCACCUGAAGACUGCAUACCAAGUCCUCCGACCAGUUUAAAAUCCACAUCCCCUGUUCGAAAGGUGGAGAUACCCAAGCUACAGGUUGAUUCAAGCUAUCCUCUUCACUUCGGCCUCCACAACACCAACGACCUCAUCCAACACCUUGAGGAUCUUGAACUGGACAGCGACAAUGAGUCUACAUUCCAAAGAAACCCAGAGCAGUUCAACUCAGAACCAGAGAAUGAACUACCAUCAAAACUAUACCCAAGCCACAAACACCUACCACCAGUGACACCGUCGCGUGAAAACUCUCACUUUUCUCUCAAUCGCUCUAUCACAUCAGUUGAUAGCUCGCCCGGAAUGGCUAUUCCCACCACCCUAAAGGCCAAAAAAAAGGCAGAGGCGGCGCGGAAACGCGAGAUUCGAGCUCAACUGGCUGAAUUCAACCAAAGAAAGAUCGGCUUUGCCGAAGAGUUCCUCCGGCAUCUUGACAAUGCCUUUGAUAGCCAGAUUUCUCGCAUGACUGAGGAAACCGGCGGCAUCAAGAUCAUCUGGACGAAGAAUUUCAGAAACACUGCCGGCCGAGCAACCGUACGUUCGGAAAGGGUUCUUAGAGGAGAAGCCGGCGUAGAAGAACCUGGGAAACGGCGUUACUAUGCCACCAUUGAGCUCUCCGAGAAAGUCCUUGACAGCGAAGACAAGAUCCUCUGCACUAUGACACAUGAGUUCUGCCACCUCCUCGACAUGAUGGUCACUGAAAACAGGGCCAAGGGUACGGCCCAGCACGGUGCCAGCUUCAAGCAAUGGGGCGACCGAUGCGUCCGCGCACUGGAAGGCCACCCUAUCUACGGAGGCCGGGUUGAGGUCACGACCAAACAUACCUAUGAGAUCAACCAUAAGUACAUCUGGGCCUGCAAGGUCCAGAACUGUGAUUUCAAGGUCGGGCGACACUCGAAGAGCGUUGACCCAAAGCGUCAGUUCUGCGGCCUGUGUAGGGGCGUCCUUGAGCAGAUCAAGCCGGUGCCGAGGGUUAUGGUACCGAGAGCUGUGGGGCCGAGGAGGCCUGCUGUCAAGGAGAUGGUUGUAGGUGAGGAGAAGGAGAUUGUGGUCAUUGAUCCUUGA